GACAUGUCAGUUUUCUGAUCUGUGAGCUGAGCAAUCUUCUCAUCAUUGAUUUGUUAUAGUUUCUUUAAGAUUUAUUAAUGUUAAAUCAAUUUUUAUUUUGUCUUUGUUAUUUUAGUUUUAUAUCCAGUUGUCUAAGUGCUUAAAUGAUUUUUAAGAUUUGUAUCAAAAAUUACCUUAUAGCAUAUUUUUGUGUCUGAUAGAAGAGCGGCACGAUGAAUAACCCCGUAAUUUUAUCUGGUUACGACCUUGUCGCUAAAGGUAUAACUAAAAGUCAAGCGACUUUACCUGAAUUGGGGUUGAAAGAUGUUAUUCCUAAUGGCUCUUGGUUGGAAGCAAAGCAGAUACAGUCCGCAAUUGAUGCUCGAAUGCAACUCAUUGCUGCUGAACGAAUUGAGAAAAGCUGUAUAUUAAGUCAUGCGGAAUGGAAAGAAAACUUGAUGUUAGCGGAGGUGGUUCAGAAAUCUGGUGGUCAUUGGCAGUUUAUGGGACAUAAUGUUGGAAAAACAUUAUAUUUAUAUCCUGAAGAAGCUCUAUUUUUAAUUGAAAUUAAUAGUCUACUUCUGAAACAUAAUGAUGUGAAAGUUUCAUUACAACAAGCUUAUUCUUUGUUACUAAGAGAUAAAAAUUUAUUACUUCAAUACAAAGUGUAUGGAACUCUCAGUAGAUGGGGUUUCAAAGUAUUUAGACAUACAGAUACAAAAGUGACAGAUACACAAGUGACAGAUACAAAAAUGACAGAUACAAAAGUGACAGAUAUAAGUUAUUCAGAUGCAAUUAAUGAAAUAAAUAAUAAAUCGGAAGGAAGUUACUCACAAGAAUUGCCAAAACAACUUGAUAUGGAAGUCACGGAAAGCAAUAAUGAGAGCAUCAUAUUAGAAAAUAAUGAAGAGAAAUGUAAUUUGAAAAGAAAAUCUUCAGUACUUGAUUCAGAUGAUUGUGAAACUAAUGGAAUAGAAGAAACCAUAAAAUGUAAAAAGCCUAAAAGUAAAAACCAAACAAUUACCUAUUCAUACAAGAUAGAAAAACAUAAAAACAGACAAUUAAGAUCAUGUAAUGUGGACAACUUGCACAAAUUAUUUGAUGAAUUACCAAGUUUUUUAAAUACCGAACUCGUAACUAUAAAAGUACCCGACAAAAGGUUCAUUCCAGACAAUAUUUCCUUCACUAAAACUACAUAUACACUUAAUUUAAGCUCUUUAACAACAAAACAAUUGCAGAACCCCUCCCCACAAGUGACACAAACAUCUAGUUCGGUAGACGAAUCAAAUAGAGAUAACUUUGGGAGUGUCCAAGGCAAUUUUAGAUAUCAAAUUCCUCCAUACAUGCAAUAUUACAACACUCCGUACAGACCAAAUAACUGUUGGCAUUCAUAUUUAAGAGCUAAUUACUACCAUUACAAUAUGUCCUUUCAAAGACCUUUCAUGGGAAAUUUUCUAUUCACACCCAGAUUUCAAUAUUUCCCUAGAUUUCAAUAUUUCCCUAGAUUUCAAAAUUACCCUAGAUUUCAGAAUUUCCCUAGAUUUCAGAAUUUCCCUAGAUUUCAGAAUUCCCCUAGAUUUCAAAACACUAAUAGACCACGAUAUUUCAGUCGACCAUACACUAAUCGACGACAAAGAAAAAAAGCGCGAGAUAAUGCCAAGCAUUAUCAUUUUGAAAGUAUAAUUAAACUAGCUGCUAGAAUAAAAAAUCUAGUGACGAAUGGACAAGUGCAUAUCCAACCAUUAACUAUACUAAGCAAUCUUAUAGAAACGUAUAAUUCACGGUAUGGUUUUAAAAUUAAACUCUCCGAUGAUUACGAAAUUGUUCUAGAUACAAACAUUUUAGAUACAAUAGAACUGGACGAUGAGGGUGAACAGAUAAAGAAAAAACCUCGUGUAGAUUCAAAUUCUGAUACAUAUACAAUUAAUUUCAACAAUAUAAAACAAUUAGCAGAAAGACUUAAAGUACUCGAAAACGAUGACAAAUCAUCCGCACGGCACAGAAGAGCAUUUUCAAAUCUAAUCAAAACAUUUAAUAAAUCUUACAAUGCGGAUAUUUAUGUGACAGAUAAUUAUAAAGUUCUAGAUAGAAGAUUUAUAAGUCUAGAAAGUUCUUCUGACUCUGAUUGCAUGAUAGAUGAAAACGCCAACUCUAGUGGUAAAAAAGUACGGAAUCCAUUUAACAUUUUAAAACGUCUAUCGGAGAAACGUAAUAAAUCUUUAGACGCUCCAGGAACAAGUAGUGAUACUUUUAUAACAGACGCUAACAUAGACGAUAAUCUUGAUAUACAAAAGAAUCUAAGUAAAGAAUGGAUACCGGACGAUAAUAAUUUUGGAAGACCUGAAAUUUCUGGUGCUGAUGAUUCAAACACAGCUAAUUUAUUUUACGAAUUCAUGAAAUUUCAUCCAGAAAAUUACGAAAAUUGGCUCGAUCUUAAAGGAUCUUUCUUUAGUAGUCUAGAAGAGACUGCCGAUUUUUUUAGGAAAACAACUGACGAAUGCGUACAAAAUAGAUCUUUGGUAGCACCUGAAGAUUGUGUCGAUAUUGUUUCUGUGUUGAAAAAACUUAGCAUAAUUAAAUCUCAUGAUAUGACUGGUGAAACAAAUCUUACGAUAGAUUUUGAUGUGUACAAUAGAGAUGUACAGAAUUUCAAAAAGACCAAACGUCCUGUACCACAUUUCAGAGUAUCUUGUUUAGACGAAUCAGCAACAUUCCCCAGCGGUGAAGAAAUUGCAACUCUCCACGCAAAAUACAAAGAUGACGUGCGAAUAGUUUUUGCCAUCGUCGGCAACGGCACAAUUAACUUUGUGCAAAUAAAUCCAUUCAGUUUACCUAAUCACAUAUCUAGUAAUGUAACCUGAUUUAUAUCAUUCACUUAUAUACUAAAAUAAAACAACUGUAUGUA